UCCAUCCCCUCUCCACACCUCCUUAAAAAGUGGACCAAAAAAAAAAAACCUAAUUCACUUCACCUCCGAUUCUACAUUACAUGACCCCAUAGGAAAAAGAGAGAAAAAAAUUAUUACUCGGUCACAGAUAUUUUAUAAUUUAGUUAAGGUAUGCAAUAGUUAAUUUAAAUAGUAUAAUUAUAAAAAAAGCCUAAUUCACUUGCUUCCCGUUCUACAUUAGUCGACCCUACUCAAAAGAGUGGUUGAAUUUAUAAGGAGUAGAGAGUUAAACCCAAAAAUUUCAAAUCAACCCCAAAAGCCAAAAAAAAAAAAAAAAAAAAGGGGAUAAGUACCUUAGUGGCUCCUUAAAUUAUUUUACUACUACUAAACCCAAGAAAAAAACUUCAUUUUCUUGCAAGAAAGGAAAAAAAUGCUAGAAAGUUCUGUUUUGUUGGAGAGUACAGCUACUACUGUUGUUACUGGUGGCGCCGCCGGUAGCCAAGAGGCGGAGCUGAAGAAUGACGGCGGCGGUGGCGGUGGCGGUGGCGGUAGUAUCGGUGGAGGUUCAGAAGAAGAUAAGAGUUAUUCAGGUGGUGGGAAUCGUUGGCCACAUGAAGAAACUUUAGCUUUGCUUAAAAUAAGGUCGGAAAUGGACCUUGCAUUUCGUGAUUCCAAUCUCAAAAGUCCUCUUUGGGAUGAGAUUUCCAGGAAAAUGGCUGAGCUUGGGUAUAAUCGAAAUGCGAAGAAAUGCAGGGAGAAGUUUGAGAACAUUUAUAAGUAUCAUAAGAGAACAAAAGAUGGUAGAUCUGGUAGACAAAACGGGAAAAACUAUAGAUUUUUCGAGCAAUUAGAACUUUUGGACAGCCAAUCCUUGCUUUCGUCGCCUCCAUCCAACCAUAUGCUAAUCAAUAGGAUGGACGCAAUGCCAGUGCCAAUGCCUAUGCCGAUGACAAUGAUAAAACCCGCGACCAGUGGAUGUCAAGAUUUCAGAAUGGAUCCUAGUCAAACUCGAGGUUUCAAUCCGGAGUUCAUGUCCACAUCCACAUCCAUGACCUCUUCCUCGGGUAAAGAAUCGAAUGGCAGUGUGAAGAAGAAAAGGAAAUUGGCUGGUUAUUUUGAGAGGUUGAUGAAGGAAGUGUUGGACAAGCAAGAGGACUUGCAAAACAAGUUCCUAGAAGCAAUAGAAAAAUGUGAGAAGGACCGGAAAGCGAGGGAUGAGGCUUGGAAGAUGCAGGAAAUGGCGAGAUUAAAGAAAGAACAAGAAGCACUAGCUCAUGAAAGAGCGAUUUCCGCUGCCAAAGAUGCAGCAGUGAUUGCUUUCUUGCAGAAAAUCUCGGAGCAAACCAUUCAACUACCGUUGCCAACGGACUUGCCCCAAGUAUCUCAGAGGCAUACCGAGGAACGGGAGAGUACUGAAUCCAUGAAAACUGUCGGAAGUCAAGAGAACGUUUUGCAGCUAGACAAUGACAAGGAAGAGAACACGUUGGAGAAAAACAUUGACAAACAAGAGAUUGACAGUGCUGGUGAGAAUUCAUUUCAAAUGAGUUCUUCUCGAUGGCCAAAAGCAGAAGUCGAAGCAUUAAUCAGGUUAAGAACGAAUGCUGACUUGCAAUAUCAAGACAACGGAUCAUCAAAAGGGCCUUUAUGGGAAGACAUCUCAUCGGGUAUGAAGAAACUUGGAUAUGAUAGAAAUGCCAAGAGAUGUAAAGAGAAAUGGGAGAACAUAAACAAGUAUUAUAGAAGAGUAAAAGAAAGCCAAAAGAAAAGGCCGGAAGAUUCAAAAACAUGUCCUUAUUUUCAUCAAUUGGAUUCUAUCUAUCAAAACAAGUCCAAGAAACAAUUGCCCAUUUCAGAAAAUCCAAGUUCCAACAUGAAGGCUAGUAAGAUACUAAUGCAAAUAAUAAACCAACAACAGCAGCAACAACAACAACAGUCAGAAAUAGUUAAAUAGUUGUCAACGACAAACCCUUCUUUGGUAACAAUAAUGGAUCGAUAAGGGGGACAAAGUUUUUCUUUUUGCUAUGUGGGUAAUGGUACCAUUUUUGAGAAGUGGGGCUAAAUCAUUGGAGUUAAUGUGCCUUGGAAAUGUGAGUCAAGAUUCCAUGAGUGUGAGGAAGGACUUUUUAUUUGCAAAGUUGAUUUUUACUAAAAAUGCACACACAAAGUAGUGGCAUCUUUUCUUUCUAGUUAUGUAUAUUUAAUCAUUUGUUACUAUGGUAUGAGCGAGGGAACAGUUCAGCUUUGGUGUGAUUUAGAUUUUUAGACUAUGUAGCAUAUUAUUAUACAUUUUUUUCUCCUUUUUAGGCUUUGGUUUCCUCACCAUCCUCCAUGUUUGUAAUAGUUCAAAAUAGUUUAUUGUGUUGAUAUGAAUUGAGAAUAUACUUUUACAAGAUGUGUCA